CUUCCGUUUCCUUUAGAUCACGCAUACAAUUUCUAGACCAACCCAUCUAUUAGAACAACGUUACAUAUCCCUGUUUGAAAUACCAUGGCUGAUCCACUUGGCACGUUGAUGCAGGUGGUCGAAGUCGUUGGCAAGGUCAUCGAGAUCUACAAGAAGAUCCAAGAUGCCCCAGACCAGAUCCGCCGCAUCGGGAGGCGGAUGUCCAGGCUGAACACGAUCCUACGCAACCUUGAGAGCUUGCUGCGCACAGACAAGAAGAACUCAUUGGCCCGGCUCGGCCCGGCGCUGACCGAUGAGCUCCUCGGCGUUAUCAAGGAUAUCCGCAAGGAGAGCGAGGAUGUGCAGGUCCUGUUCGUGAAAUGGGACAAGGACAUUGGUCCAUGGGGGAUGCAGUUCCGGUUCAAAUUUGCCGCGCAGGCGUACUUCGCCCUAGGCAGCAGCUCGGACAAGUUAGAAGCGCUGAGCAAUAGCAUCGACGAGCACCGCGAGGACCUGAGGGAUCUCCUCGCGGUGAUGAUGGGCUCGGGCAUCAACCAGCUGCUCGUCGUGGGCCAGAGCCCCGGGAUCGUCAGGCAGCCGUCGCCGUCGCCGUCGCCCCAGCCUCCCCGCACAGACUUCAGGAUCAUCUUCGUUGACCCUUAUAACGUCGCCCGGAGCAUCGUCGCAGAAGCCUACGCAAGUCUGCUCCGGGAGUGGACUGUACGGACUGGAGGCCAGUGGAGGAUCAAAACUGUUCACUCGGCCGGGUUCUUUGUUCGCACCCGCAGCGAAGUUGUCGACACGAUCAACACCAUGCAGAUGCUAUACCCGAGCUACAAGCUGAGCUUCAAGGAUGGUCACUCACUGCCGGCGCCGCCACCACUUUCGGCGCUUUUCGAAAACCAGAUGUUCAAUUAUCCGUACAAGCAAGACGUCAAGAAAGCCAUGGAAUCCAGACGCUCCCGGGGCUUGACGAAGGCGAUAUUCCAGACGUACGACUACAUCCUCGUCUUCACGGACCGGGAGGAAGAUAACCUCAUACGGCUGCGGAAACUUCUGGUCGACAGCAACGGCAAAGACUUGACGGCGGCUAAAAGGAAAGGCAAGGUGAUGCACCUGGGAAGGUAUCUGACGACUGAUGGGGCAAGAAAGGAAAUUUUGGCGGCGAAGAACGAUGGUGACCGAGAUCAAUGGAAUGCAAAGGUCGGGCAGAUCAAGAUUGCCAUCAAGGCGUUCCUGAAAAGGGAGUUGGACUGGAGGCAGCCUCCAAAGGGUGCGGCCCAAAGUUGAUGUUGAAGUCGAGACCACAAUACCUUCACAUGAGCUACAGUAAACAGCUUGUUUCUGAGGGUAAGGUUUGGGGCGCCUUGUGCUUUCCACUUCAUAGCAGGCAUUGCCAAGGCUUAGCAAUUUGUGACUUGCGACGUGAUGAAGCGGAGAGGGUAGCCAUGACUAGAAUAAUGCCGCAUCCGUCGGACCGUG